CAUGGAGUCUGAAGCUGAGCAGCCCCUGUUGGCUGCUCAUGGAGCAAGCUCCGAGCUUGAGGAGGUGCUCUCCGACUCCCAAUUACCUUACUUUCAACGCCUUAGGUCCGCCUCUUGGAUCAAAUUCCAGCUGCUUUUUCGACUUGCAGCCCCUGCAGUAGCUGUAUACAUGAUCAACAAUGCUAUGUCCAUAUCCACUCGGAUAUUUUCAGGACAACUUGGGAACCGCGAUCAAAACAUCCAAUUAUUUGCUUAUGGCCUUAUGGCGGUGUACUUUUAUUAUCUCUGAAUUUCUUUCUUAAUUGA